AUGCAGGAUACUAUAACGUUACAAAAGGAGCCUCGUCCUGAAAGAAUUGACAUCGGCAAUGGCAUGGUGAUGCGAUGGUCCACGCCAGAAGAUACAGAUAACUUAGCAAGCUGUUUUGCUGAGACAUUUCGAUGGGAAAACAUAGGUCAACGCGUCUCGGAGGAUGGAGCCCCCGACAAGAACACAUACGUUGACAGCGCUAUCCGCCGAUUGAUGAGCGGCAAACACGUCGUCAUGUCCGAGUACGACAUUGCACUAGUAGAAGACACAACACUUCACGUCCAGCCAGGCAAGAACCCGAUAGUCGCUGCUAUCUGCAUGCAGCAGAUGGCCGGGUAUUAUGGUUCCGUCGAGGUGACCUAUGGCGCUCUAGGAGCCGUGGGCACACUUCUCGAGUACCGCAACCGUGGAUUGAUUCGAAGAUUGUUUCUGGAAAUGAUACAUCCGGUGGCGGAUGCGCGUGGAGACCUGAUGACAUUUAUCAUAGGCAUCCCGCACUUUUACAGAUUAUUCGGAUAUGAAUAUGCCGUGCCACACAAGUUUGGUCAACCUCUCAAGGACCCGAUCUCAACACUGUUCCCUCUCCUCAAGGAUGCGUCCGAACGCUUCACGCUCCGCGAGGUCGCACCCUCUGAUCUGCCCUACCUUGUCCAAAUGACAACCCCUAAACGAUUGCACUGUAACGCUCAGCUUGGCAUCUACUACGGCAAGGCCUUCUGGGAUUUCAUUGCCCAAGCCCUCGCGCCUGAGGCGAUCGAACGCCACCACGAUGCGCAUCACCACGCCGGUAUUAUCGUCGACACCAGGACCGGUAAGGACAUUGGCGUGUCCUUGACCUCGUACGCGACAAGGCGCUGGAUCUGGGAGGCUUUUAGUAUUGAUCUUGACGAGGCCACUGGUAUCACCUAUAAAGACGUCAUGCCAUCAAUUCUUCGUCAGCUCAAGGCCUUUGACCGCCCCUACUACGAGUGUUAUAACGCCAAGCUUAACGAUAAUAUCCUGCCGGCCGAAACUGAGACCGAGAAGCGCGAUAACGGAUUUUUUUCUCCACGCAUGUACUCGGAACUGGUGAUCAAUUUGACGAAGCAUCAUCCUGUGACAAAGCUGCUGGACAGCCAGGGUAGACUGGCACCCGAGAAUCCACCGCUUAGGUUGUAUACGCGGAUCCAUAGUCUCCCCAAGUGGAUCGAGAAAAUUGCCCCGGUUCUAGAGCAGAGAUUGAAGGACUCGGCAAUGUUAGGGAUCUCGGCCAGGAUCCAGCUGAAUUUCUUUAGGAAGAUGGAGGGAAUGAGUGGACGCGGACUCGAGAUUGUGUUCAGGCGGGGCAAGUUUGUGAGAGCUUCAGAUUGGGAGGAUUUCAGGUCCCUCGAGCAGAUCUUUCGUGAGCAGCGUUCGAGUGCCAGCGCCAGUAAGGAGAAGGAAGACGAGGCUAUUUUCAGAGCUGGGUUUGCGCCCUUGACAUUCACACGACUUGUCACUGGUGCCAUGGAUGUGUCCGAACUGCUGCAGCGGGAUGGUGAGAAUUUUGUCGAGAAUGGAGAGACAAAGAUGCUGCUUGAGAUCCUCUUCCCGAAGCUUGACCAUUUUGUGGAUUUGUUCUGGUGGUGA